UAGUCUGAUAUCCUCUGCUUCCCGAAUCCUUCUGCAGUAAAUCCACAAUGUCAAAUUUCAUCUCAUAUUAACAAAGUUCCUAAUGAACUUGUUUCUUUGGUUCCGGUCAUUCCUGCGUCCAUAUUUAAUGUCUGAUGUUUAAUGAUAGGAGAUAUUUGAUCCACUGUGCCCGAUUCUAUCUUCUCUCCUGUUUCUUUCUGUUUAUUGGAUUUUUUCCAUCGGAAACAAUAAAAAUAAACAAUGUGACGUGUUUGAAACGCCGCUCCAAGCAUCACGUAACUUCCUGUGAUUAGCUUAGCCUGGCUAGUAGCCGUUAGCAGCAGCUAGCCGCGCUGUGAGUCCGCAGCUGUUUGACGGUGGACCUGUUGGAUCUGAGCCGAACCUUUCAGCAGCAAUGUGUUCCGUUCAGCCUCUGAGAGAGUUCAUCAGGGAGAGACUCGCUGCUGCCGCGGAGGAGAUUUUCUCCGAGGUGGAGAACACCGUCAGGCUGCUGGAGAGCCGCUGGGGGACCGACACACACCCGGAACCAACAGGUCCGCAACACCACACACACCCGGAACCAACAGGUCCGGAACCAACAGGUCCGCAACACCACACACACCCGGAACCAAGAGGUCCGGAACCAACAGGUCCGCAACACGACACACACCGGGAACCAACAGGUCCGCAACACGACACACACCGGGAACCAACAGGUCCGCAACACGACACACACCGGGAACCAAGAGGUCCGGAACCAACAGGUCCGGAACCAACAGGUCCGCAACACGACACACACCGGGAACCAACAGGUCCGCAACACCACACACACCCGGAACCAACAGGUCCGGAACCAACAGGUCCGCAACACCACACACACCGGGAACCAACAGGUCCGGAACACCGCACACACCGGGAACCAACAGGUCCGGAACACCACACACACCCGGAACCAACAGGUCCGGAACCAACAGGUCCGCAACACCACACACACCGGGAACCAACAGGUCCGCAACACCGCACACACCGGGAACCAACAGGUCCGCAACACCACACACACCGGGAACCAACAGGUCCGGAACACCACACACACCCGGAACCAACAGGUCCGGAACCAACAGGUCCGGAACCAACAGGUCCGCAACACCACACACACCCGGAACCAACAGGUCCGCAACACCACACACACCCGGAACCAACAGGUCCGGAACCAACAGGUCCGGAACACCACACACACCGGGAACCAACAGGUCCGCAACACCACACACACCGGGAACCAACAGGUCCGGAACACCACACACACCCGGAACCAACAGAACUCCAGCUGCUGAAGGUUCCUGAGGACCCGGUUCUGACUGACCCAAAACUAUGGAGCCAGGAGCAAAACCACAGACCGGACCCGGGUGAAGCAGAACCGGGCCGAGAUGUGGUACUGCAGAUCAGAGAGUUAUUCUGCGGUUCUGGAAUCGGCUCGGUCCAGUGUGGAGGAGAACAGGGUCAUCGGCACCAGCUGCCGGACACGAAACCUUGCAGAGCAGAACUUCCACAGCAACAAGAUUCUGAUCAGGUACUGAUGGGCCGGCAGCUCCAGAACCACGGUAGGACCUGGAGACUGGACCAGGAGGAACCAGCACUAUCACUGAAGCAAGAGUACCAGGAGGAUCCAGAACCGUCCUGGAUCAAACAGAACCAGGAGGAUCUGUGUGUCUGUCAGGAGGAAGAGCAGCCGGACCCGGAGACGUUCAUGGCGGUUCCGACUGAUGAAGAAAGUGAUCAGACUGAACCAGAACCAAACCCUGGGUCAGAACCUCUUCAAGGAUCUAAAGUCAAGUCCAGGAAGAAGAGAAGAAAAUAUGCAGAAAGUUCUUCUGGGUCAGAGAGUCUGGAUGAUGAUGAUGAUGAUGAUGAUGAUGAUGGUGGUGGUGCUGCGGCCCAGGUGACAUAUUGGACAGCGUCCCCAGCCGAGGACGUUGUCUCUGUGGGUUCAGAGGGAGGACGACCUUCGACCUCAUCGGCCCCCACCGACAGCGGACCCUGUGGGACGGCGUCCGCUCGCCGGUCAGCAGCGAACUGGGCCCGGCGGACUCCAGCAGCAGAGACUCUGUAUUCCUGCAACACCUGCGGGAAACGCUUCCGGUUCAACUGCCGCUACUUGUCCCACAUGAGGACCCAUACGGGGGAGAAGCCGUUCUCCUGCAGGCAAUGUGGGAAAAGUUUCACUCAGGGGGGAAGUUUGUGGCGACACUUCAGAACGCAUUCCGGAGAGAAACCGUUCAGCUGCAGCACAUGUGGGCGGAGCUUCAGCCAGAAGACGGGUCUGCUGGGCCACAUCAGGACUCAGCACAGAGGGGCGGAGCCAGGCUUUGGCUGAAUGUGUGGGCGGAGCCUCAGAGAGCAGAACAAAGUGGCAACUAAACAGGUUUAGUCAUCAAAAUCAUGAUGAAUGGACGGAAAAAGUUGACCCGACCGGUUCUCCGGCCCGGGUCAAGUGUCAGGUACUGAGGUUCUGACUAGAACUGCACCGAUGGAGGUUUUUUUGGUCGACCACCAGUCUUUAAAAAGCCUGACCUGCUGAUUCUGAUUUUGGCUGAUACCAAUUUGUUUGACUGAAAUGUUGCUUAAUAUAGCAAGAAAGUUGCUGAGUUGGUAAGAAUGUGGUGGCUUGUUAACUGCCAACGUGCAGACCCGACCCGGUGGGCGGUCUGUCCGUCAAACCUCUGUCAGGAGAGAGCAGAAGAGGGCAGUGGUUGAUUUUUAGGCCGUUUUUGAGGUAGAUAAAAUCGCAGGAUAAAAUCGGCUUCACAUGUCGGCCGAUCACCGAUCUCUUAGAAUUCAGACAAUUGGAUAAAACCGUUUUCUUACAGAUUCCUUUAAAUAAAGUUUGUUUUCUCC